AAACACAGAAAGUGAAAGCAGUGUUAUUUCUCGCUGGGAGCUGAGGCUGUUUUCUUCCUUCCUCGCCCGGUGGAUCAGAGGUAAAACUAAUACUUUACUAACAGCACUUUCAAUCCGUACGUGCUUUGAGUACAAGGGGUAAUUAUCAAAUCUCAGGGGCAAUUUUAUUAAACCAGGAAUUAUUCCAGAUGCUCCAUUAUGGUAGAAAAUUAGCCAUUUAUUUGUCAUUUCUCCCUAUUUCUGGGUUUGAAGAACAAUGCGUGGCUGUGUAGGCCCCCUUAGCCGUGUACAAACACUACUUACAGACACACUCCACACACCAAUACAAAUUAUAGAGACACUCUACGCACCAACACUACUUACAGAGACACUCCACACACCAACACUACUUAUAGAGACACUCCACGUACCAAGACUACUUACAGAGACACUCCACGCACCAAUACAACUUAUAGAGACACUCCACUCACCAACACUACUUACAGAGACACUCCACGCUCAAACACUACUUACAGAGACUUACACUCCACGCUCCACUUACACUCCACGCUCCAACACUACUUACAGAGACACUCCAUGCACCAACACUACUUACAGAGACACUCCACGCUCCAACACUAAUUAUAGAAACACUCCACACACCAACACUACUUACAGAGACACUCCACGCACCAACACUACUUACAGAGACACUCCACACACCAACACAACUUAUAGAAACACUCCACACACCAAGACUACUUACAGAGACACUCCACACACCAAUACAACUUAUAGAGACACUCCACACACCAAGACUACUUACAGAGACACUCCACGCACCAACACUACUUACAGAGACACUGCUUGGUAACCAGAUAAUUGGUGUAUAGAACUUCAUCACUCAAAACCUGUUUUACACAAUAAGUGUCUUUAUUGUGUAAAACACACUAAUAAUUCCUUGUGCUUUAAAUAUCAAUACCACCAUUAAAAUAAAGUGCCGAUGCUGGACAAAGCAAAGAGUUCAAAUUUUGUUAAUAAAAUACUUAACAGUACAAAAAACCUUAAAAACAAGAAAAAUUACACAUUAGUGCAGAUGGUAAAAUCCUUUUAAAACUAUAAUUCACUUUUUAAUUUCUUUACAUUUGGAUGCACUUCAUUUGUUUAAGCGCUGCAGUUUGAAUUUGUAUCACUUUUAGAAGUAUCACUAAGAUUUUAUAUUUAUUUAUUAUAUUUAUAGUAAAUUAUGCACUUUUUUUAUACUUUUUUUUAAUGCAGACAGAUUUGUACAUGGAGAAAAAUGCAGAUUGACUACAAGGCCAAACUCCUAUCACAUGCACUCAACUGGACACCCUAAAUACCAAAACAACUUUAGCUAAUGAAGCAGUUGGUGUAUAGAUCCCGUCCCUGCCAUUUAGGAGUUAAUUAACUAUGUUUAUACAACUCUAGUCACACCUCCCCGUCAGUUAUCUAACAGCCUUCCUAAACACUUCCUGUAACAGAGUCUUGGCUUCUCUUACAGCACAGUGUGUUAACUUUGGAAGAUAUUUUUUCCUGCUCUGUUAAUUAAUCACACACAAGAGGCAGGCAAUCAACAGGGAAUGUGAAAGUUCUAAUUAAACACACUGUGCAAUAAGGGAAGCUAAAGGUAUUUUCACCUAAUAGGUUGCCAGGGAAAAAGGGGUGACAAUCAGGCUGACAUUGACAUUUCUUUACAGAGUCAUAAAGGACCAGCUAAUAUUGUUAAAAUUCAUGCUGAUACAAAGACGACCCAGUAAAGCUACCCCUGCUGCGAGAUAAUUCAAUAUUGUUUUAUUUUUUACAAACCUACAGCAGGCUUGAACAUUAUUAUUUUAUUAUUAUUUAUCUAACACCAGCAAAUUCCAUAGCGCUGUACAAUGGGACAUUACAUUCAAUUAGAUGUAGGCCGCAGUAUUGCAGAAACAUUGUACUGAAUAUAUCAGGGUUAUUCAAUAAACCAAGAAUUGACCAGCAAAUGUUAACAUUAAAUGGAAAAUUAGCCAGACCUGUCCAUGUCAGCAAUGCUUCAUGUUACCGGCCAGCCACAAUCCGUGUCGAAUGCAUUCUUCAGAAAUUCUUCCCAAAUUCACUUCUCGGCUCUUUGAGUAAUGCAGAGUUAGCGCAGUAAAUAUACACAUGGCGUAUAUGGUAUAUGUUUCUUUUUCAGUUUUUGGACAGAGCGUACCUAGAGUGUAAUAUCAGAGAGGACGGACGCGCCCGGGUUGGAUAAACGCCUGGUUCUCAAAGAAGAUUUGGAAAGAUGACAAGAUUUACAGGAGCACCGUGGAUGGUGUGUGUCCUUCUCUCGCUCACCGUCUAUGCUGAGAUACCGAAGAAUGAGCUCACGGACAGACAGACACAGGCUGUCAACAUUGUAAUGGAACAUUUCCACAAGAGGGAACACAUCCAAAAUGCCUUCAAUGUCUUCUCCAUAACUGAAGCAACAGAAACGGUAAUAAAAAGCCAGAUGUAUAUCGAUGACCAUGUAAAUACUUUGUCUUCUCAUUGUUACUUGACAGGAGAGUCAGCUCUAUAAUUAGGAAGAAAGGUGAGUCUCUCUCAUCCAGUCAGAGGUAGGAUGUGUGCAUAAAAUGUAGGGAACAGCACCUUGAAAAAUCUUCAAAUGCGGGCAAGUAUGUAACGAGACAAGGAGAAAGUAGGACAACUAUAUAGUGUAGUAAGUCUACGUAUUGUUUAGAAAAAUAAAGAGGGAUAUGCUUACAGUGUAUAAAGCUUUCUGUGGGUCUGGGUGGUAUAAUCCCCACCUGAGGAUAGGAGGUGUAUCACUUGAUUCAAUGAGUAGUAGUCCAGAGGAUAUGCAAUAGAAACAAAAAUAGAUGACAGUAUAUAGUGUAGUGUAUUUGAUAUGUGGAUGUGAUGGAUAUAAUAUAUCAAUAUGCACUUACAUUUUAUGGAGCCUAAAGCUGGCCCCUACCAAUUGGCAUGAAGUAGUAUAAUCUUCACUCUCAGAUAUGUAAGUGGUAGUGGUCCUUACCAUAAUAGUAUGUGGAAAAAAACUGAGAAAUAUUUAGUGUGCAAAAGGGUAAAAAAAGAUCAUUGGAAAUGUACUCACAAAUAUGGAGUAAAAAGGGUUUUUGCUCAAUUCUCAAAACAUAGGUAAUAAAUGUUCUACUAAGGAAUAUGGUGUUUACAUAUCAGGAACAAGACAGGAUGGUCCAGGAAUAUGGUGUUUCCAUGGAGUGAGGCCUUGUCCAUGGAGUGAGGCAUUGUGCAUGAAGUGAGGCCUUGUCCAUGGAGUGAGAGCGUGUCUAAGGUCUCACUCUAUGGACAAGGUCUCACUCUAUGGACAAGGUCUCACUCCAUGGACAAGGCCUCACUCCAUGGACAAGGUCUCACUCCAUGGACAAGGUCACACUACAUGGACAAGGUUUCAUUCCACUCACUCUAUGAGCAAGACCUCAUUCUAGCACUUUUUAGCAGUGACUAUAAAAUACUGAAAACAGUGGAUAAUUUAUCAGUUUGGCUGUUCUAUUGCACAUUUCUCACAGUAUAAUGGGCCCAGAAACAGAGAGAGUAAGAACUGACACAGACAACUUAUUUGAAUCAAUAUUAAAUACAGUACAGGUAACAGUUAAUUGGCGAGCAUUGGAACCCUGUUUACUUCAAUCCAGUUUCUCUCCUGCCCCCGAACUCUCUGAUCUCCACAGCAGCCAACAUUCAGGAUCCGGCUGUCAUUGUCCUCUUCUUGUUUAUUCCAGGAAUUCUCUGCCGGAGCCUUUGUUCAUUUGCAGUUUACACUGAAACCAACAACAUGCCGAAAACACCAGUGGAAACAACCUGACUGCAAGAUUACUAAAGAUCCGGUGAGUGCCUAUCGACUGGCAAAAGGGGCUUUUCACUCUUUCAGUGUCAGAAACUCUUCAAUUAAUGACUUAAUGUCCUCAAGCUGAAGGACCACGUCCAUUUUCUCAAAGAAACUAAAGCCGUUAAUUUAACAUUUAAGAGGCAGUGUGUUUCCCCCCCAUUAGUGCACACACUGGUGCAAACAUGUGAACGUUCACAUUGAUUUGACAGUGUAAUUGAUACAUGGUCUCACAGACGCUCUGCGUGUUUUUUACAUGACUGGUGGAUAUGUUUCACUGUGUGCAGCUUACAUCAUGUUGUGUUUGGGUUUGCUGAAAACUCUGCACUUAUGGAAGGAAUAAAACAGUCACUGAGAUUGGUGCGGACAGCACGGUAUAUCGAAACACAAGUACUAAAUAAACCAUAACGACAAAGGUAGAAAUUACAGUGGUUGGUCACUUUUCAGUAUUUCGUAACGAUAUAAUCUUCAUGAAAUACUGAUCCAGACUGUGUUGAUGUUUCAGUGAAAUUCCAACUCAAUCCAAAGAUACCAAAAAGUACUACUUUGUCUUAUGUUGAAAGCCUGAGGUUGAGUACUACUUUGUCAUCUUUUCAAUCCCAGCAGCCAUCACAAGUGACAGCUGUGGAAUUCAGGCUUUGUCUAUGGAGGAUACCACAAUCUUAGGAGAUGCAAUCUUGCGGGAUCCUCCAUAGACCUCAGUCUUGUCUUCUCACACAUGCACGAAAGUAAAGCACUAGUGAGGUACCUCGCAAAUAACAAUGCCAGGAGCAGAAGGGCCAGCAAAAAGAUGAUGGUAGCAUCCAUAAGGGACAGCUCCAGGUAUAUAUAACAUAUCUUCCCAUGCAUUCCGCAACACACGACACACACAAGAUUUAUCACUUUCGGGGGACUUUGUUAAAUAUGCGAAGAUCCUGAAAACGACAGAUCCACUUUAAUAAAUGAACAGUUAUUAUGAACAAAAAUGGUCACAGGGCCUACAAAACCAAUAGAGGAUGAACACAUUAUUUGCACCAACAGACAGAUGAAAAAUAAAAAAAAAGAUAAAAAAUAAAAAAUUAACAAAACCCCCAAUUAUUCACUUUGCUAGUAAAGUAUUUGUGUCUUCUGUUUCCUCUGGGCUCCAGCAAGAAAAUAGAAACUUACUCCAAAUUAGAUCUUGACCCCUAGUACAAUGUUUACUUCAUGGAUGUUAUGCCCUUUUCCCCAUCUCGAGUUUCCAUGCCAGCCCAGUAGAUGGUAGAGGGUAGGCGUGACUGCAGGGAUUUUAGGUUCUUACUGUUAAUAUCAAUUGAUACACAAAUUUAUAUUAAAAAAUGUAGGAAAAAAGUCCAAAUUCUUGCUGUAAAGGAUUUCCUUGUGUUUACCUGUACCCAUUCGGUUAUUUCCUCUCCCUGCUAGUUAAGUGACUGUAAAGUAUUCGUUGUUUAUUUCUGUGUUCGGGACAUUUAUUCGUUCUACCGAACAGAGACCACCCUCGGUAGCAAUCAGAACUUAGAACACCAAGUAACCACGAAAACCGCAAGGUAAUUGAGAGCUUCUAGGUGGCCGCCAUUCGGCAUACGAACAUGUGGCGAGAACAAAGGAUGGCGGCCAUCUUAGAUCUCCCGAACGCGGCCAGCGGGACUUACUCGUGGAUUGCCUGGAACCAUUUUCCGCAUGGCAAUCACAUGAACACCCGGUCUCCAUGGAAGUCUUGUCUGACCGAUUUCCACUCACAGUAUCAGACUGUCGUUCAGGAGUUUCAAUCAGCCGAAUGAGCGGAGCAUUCACAUGUAACCAGAUACCGUAUAACUGUGGUGGUUUUCGUGUAAUUCCGCACGAACGGAGACCGGCUCUUGCUACCAAUUUCAUGGAACGCUAACUCGGAUACAACCACAUGGCGAGCCGGUCAAACUUCCACACGAUGCGACACGAAAACUAUCGGAUGGAUUUUCGUGCAAUUUGGAUGUGUUACUCCCAGUAUCCUCAGCUACCCAGGGAUUUUUAUAUUCCUAUGUCAUGUAUAAAGUAUAUUUUCAAAAAUGUGGAAAAUUGUUAAUGUUUCUGGCCAGCAGAUAAUUGAGUUUAGUAUGUUCCUGAAACUCAAUUAUCUAGCCUGGCCCCGAGGAGGAGUCUGCCAUUGUAUAAAUUGAAUGCCUGUUGCUACCAGUAAAUCAGUCUUGUUCCAGCAUUAAGCUUUGGCUCAUGUGUGGAUUAUUUGGCGAUACCAGCGAUAUUUUACCCUGUGGAUUAUUGUUGUUAUUCUGCUAUUGGGAAAAGGGAAUACUGGACGGUGAUACAGCUUACUACCGUCACACUUGCUAUGUGCAUAGUCCAGAAAAAUGGCACAUAUCAUGUAGCCGGGCAACCCAACUAACCAUUCUAGUGAUGUAAUCAGUCAUACCACUUCUAAUGGGUAAUCAUUCCCUGCAUCAACUACACACACCCAUUCACUAGCAAUGUAAGCAAAUAAACCAACAGAUCAUGCUUCCUGGGCUGACACUAGCCAGUCCUUGGAGUUAUAUGGGAACAUAGCGCAUAUUGCAUGUCCUGUUUUAUUGCCUGCAAAGUUUUUAAUUUGUAACAAAUGUAUAACGUAUGUUCUAAUAUUAUUUGUGAUUUCUUUUAACCAGAGGUCGUUCCAUUGUUUGGCCUGCUUUAAGUUUCAAUAUGGGUCACAUCAAGUCAUGUCUGAGGUGAAGGACUGCGUUCUACAGCGCCAUUUAAGUGCGGUACGUAUUGGAUGUGUGUCUCCUGUAUUAAUAUGAUCUUUUUACCUAAAUUAGGAAUGGACAGCAGUAAGCACGAUGUAGUAGGAAGUGGCACGAGAGGAAGUGUCACAGAAUGAGCAGGAAGUGACUUAGAAUAAGCAAGAAUUGGCAGAAAGGAAGUGUCAUGGAAUGAGCAGGCGGCAGCAGGAAAUGGGCAAAAAAUAUUGGAAGGAAGUGGUUUGUAAUGUCAGGAAGUGAUAAGGAGUAAGCAGGACAUGCUACGAAAUGAGCAGGAAGUGAUGGCUGGAAGUGGGUUGGGAUGUCAGGAAGUGACUUAGAAAAAUCGAGAAGUGGCGUGGCGUUGGAGGAAAGUUGCUCAGCAUCUGUCUCAACACCAAUUCUCUGCUCUUAUAGUAGGACGUUUGUGGGAAUGCUUAGCAUUGCUGCAUGACCAUGGCUUACAGGAGACACCAGAAAAAGAGGCCUUUAAUUCAUUAAAAUAAAAAAAUUACCACUGUAUGUUUCUGUAACGUGAUGCACGCCAUAGAAAUAACAAUGUGUAGUAUCACCCUGUAGUAUUGUAUGUGUUCUGGAGUGAAAAGAGCAGAGGGUUCGAGAGAGCACAUCAUAGAGAAGCCAUAGAUGUUGUUUUCAGCAGUGGUGGAACUCAUGCAGAGAGGGCCGUGGUGCAAGAAAUAUUUUGAGCCCCCUCUAGCGCAAGGGUGGCUGAAAGGUAGAUCCUCGGCUGUCGUACAGCUACCACAAUGUUUCACUAGCUGGGGAUCUACCAUUUGCACAUUUCUGCAGGGAUGUAUUUUUAAGCAUGGUUUGUGUGUUUGAAUGUAAGCAUGUUUUUGUGUGAAGUGUGUGUGUGUAAAUGAAGCGGUGUUUCUUUGUGUUGUAAACUCAGUUGUGUGAUUGUAUGUAUUGUUGCCAUUUGAUUGCAGUGUUGUAUUUGUGUGUAGUGUUUGUAUGUAUUGUUGGUGUUUGAAUUGUAAGUACUGUUUGCAUUUGAUUGGUGGGGUGUGUCUGUAUGUCAUCAGGGUUGUAUAUAUCGCAAGGCUAACAAGGCAUUUGCCUUGGGCGGCACUUUCCUCGAGGCUCAUAUUCUAACCAGGUGCGCGAGGGAUCACUGAUCUCUGUGCUCUUCUUGCUUAGCUCCCUUGCGCUCCCUCAUCCUGGGAGCCGGAAUAAGAUGUCACUCCAGCUCUCAGCAUUACUCAGCUCCCUCACCACCUACCAUGGACAGCCAGUCAGCCCCAGGGCCCCACAGCAGUUCCCAUGGAAGCCCCCCAGCACCCACCAGGAGCACGUCAGCACCCACAGCAGCUCCCCUGCAUCUACAGGAACUCCCCAGCACCCACAGCAACUACCAGCACACCAGUAGCCCCCAACAUACACAGAAGCUCCCAGCACACCAGGAGCUCUAAGCACACCAGCAGCCACAGGAGCCCAGGGAGAGGAUCCACUCCAGCUCUCCCAAAGGUAGGGAGGCUGGGUGGACUUAAAUAAAAACAAAAUUAAUAAUAAUAAUAAUAAUAAUAAUAAUUAGUGAGUGUAUGAGAAAGUGUGUGUGUGUGUCAGUGAGUGUGUAUCUGUAAAUGAAGGUGCAUGUGUCUGUCAGUGAGUGUAUGUGUGUGUCUGUCAGGGAGUGUGUAGCUGUUGGUAAAUGUGUGUCUGUCAGAGUGUGUCAAAUAAGUGGUCUCUGAGUGUGUGUCAAAUCAGUGAACGUGUGUGUCUGUCAGUCAAAAAAGUUGAUGUUGGUCUUAAACAAGAAGAGGUGCAGCAAAUAUGGAUUACAGGGGUGCCUGAGUUUAGUCAUGCCUAGGGCAGCACAAAUCCAAAAUACGCCACUGUAUGUUGUGUGGGUAUUUAAUUGUAGCAGUGGGUUUGUUGGUGUUUGAAUGCAGGGUGUAUUAGUGUGUAGUGUUUGAAUGCAGGGUGUAUUAGUGUGUAGUGUUGGCGUUUGAAUGCUGGGAUGAAUGUAGAUACACAUACACUGCCACACACACAUACACACUUAUUAACAGAGACACUGCCACCAGGGCCGGAUUAAGAGCACAGUGGGCCUGGUGCUGACAAUUAUGAUGGGCCUAAUUACGGAAUUUUAUCGACCAAAAACACUAUAACAAUCAUACCUCCCAAGCGUCAUGUAUCUGAUGGAGAUGGUGCACAUACUCUAUGCUAAUCUCUCUCUAAUUUAUGCUUUCAUCUUUCAAGUAAAUCCAUAACCCCUAACAGCAGUGUCCAGUGAAGCAGGAAGUCAAUGGGAGGGGUAAAUGGGUGAACCACUGGCGCGAAGCACGUGACAAGACCUGCCAAAAGGGGUGAACAUGCCCAAAAAGGGGGCAUGUUUGUCCAAAGAAUUGGAAGGUCAGCCUGGCAUGAGUGCAUGUCAGGCUGCCUGCCAAUCCUGCAGGCUGUCAAACUAAGGGCAUACUAUGCAGGCAGCACCUUGAGCUUGACAUAAAUGCAUCUAAUGAUGCGCUCACUCCAUUCUUUCUAAGGACUGUCCCCUAGCACUCGCUGGUCCACUUGUCUCCUUACCUUCUUACUAGCAGGCAGAAGUUCCUGGUAUAUAGUCUGGACAGAGAAAAGGUGUCUGUAGUGAGUGUAGAAGAAAGGGGACAUGCCACAGUGUUAGAGAGACCAACAUCUGCAUUACCUAAAUUAACUUUAAUGUCAGCCAGUGCACACAAGUUUUGUUCCCAUACAUCCCUCUUAAGCUUCCAAACUUAAAGGGACACUAUAGUCACCAGAACAACUACAGCUUAUUGUAUUUGUUCUGGUAAGUAGAAUCAUUCCAUUCAGGCUUUUUGCAGUAAACACUGUCUUUUCAGAGAAAAUAACUCCACUGGCCGCUCCUUAGAUGGCUGCUAGAGGUGCUUCCUGGGGCAGUACUGCCUAGUGUGCAGCACUGCCAUUCAGUGUCUCCACCCUCUGCAUGCAGACACUGAACUUUCCUCAUAGAGAUGCAUUGAUUAAAUUUAUCUUUAUGAGGAGAUGCUGAUUGGCCAGGGCUAUGUUGGACUUGUGCUGGCUCUGCCCCUGAUCUGCCUAGUUGACAGUCUCAGCCAGUCCUAUGGGGAAGUAUUGUAAUUUGUCAGACCACCACUUCUGAGCCAGCAGCUGCAGAAUUGAAUACAAGUAAUAUUUUACUAUAUUUAGGGAGGCAAGAAGGGGGCAGGGUGGUGGUUUUAACAUAAUAGGGUCAGAAAUACAGGAUUGUGUUCCUGACCCUAUAGUGCUCCUUUAAGCAAUAGUAUGUGAAGAGUAGUUAAGGUUUCCACCUUUCUUGGGAAAAAAUACCAGCCUUAAUCAUUUGUAUAAUUAAUUAGUUAUGCGUGACAUCAUAUGAUGUAAAUCACAAGGAGUGAUAUCAGAGAAAAUUCUGUAAAAUCACCAACAAACUACUCACAGUUUGAUUCUGCUGUAUAGAUGGAUUGCCCCCAGUGUCUCCUUGUCUCCCAGUGUCUCAGUCUCACAAGUCACCUAGUGUCUCAGUGUCCCUAUGUAUCAGUGUCAGUGUCCCCAUGUCGCUCAGUCCCCUAGUCUCCCAGUGUCUGUGUCCCCAUUUCUACCAGUGUCCCAAUGUCCCAGUGUGUCCCCAUGUCACUAGGAUACUGGGGACACUGAGAGACAUGGGGACACAGAGAAAUGGGGAAACUGGGAGACAUGGGGACACUGAGACAUUUAGGGAAACUGGGAGAAAUGAGGACACUGAGACACUAGGGACACAGACACUGGGAGACAUGGGGACACUGAAACAUUUGGGGACACUAAGACACUAGGGACAAAGACAUGGGAACACAGCCACUGGGACACUUGGCGACACUGGGAGACAUGGGUACAGUUGUGGACAUAGACAUGUGGACACUGGGACAUGGGGACACCAGGCACACUGAGACACUAGGAACACAGACACUGGGAGACAUGGAGACACUGGGAGACUAGGGGACACUGGGAGACUAAGGGACACUGGCUGGGAGACAGUUGUGGACAUAGACAUGGGGACACUGGGACACAUGAAGACACUAGGCACACUGAGAGACAUGGGACACAGACAAUGGGAGACUUGGGGACACUGAGACACUAGGGACACUGGCUGGGGGACAUAGUGUCUCCGUGUCCCAAUGUCUCAGUGUCUCCCAAUGUCCCUAUGUCUCACAGCGUCCCCAUGUGUCUCAGCAUCCCCAUGUGUCCCAGUGUCCCCAGGUCUCCCAGUGUCUGUGUCCCCAUGUCCCCUAGUGUCUCAGUGUCCCCUAGUGUCUGUGUCCCCAUAUGUCCCCAAGUGUCUCAGUGUCCCCUAGUGUCUCAGUGUCCCCAUGUUUUCCAGUGUCCCCAAGUGUCUCAGUGUUCCCAGGUCUCCCAGUGUCUGUGUCCUAGUGUCUCAGUGUCCCCUAGUGUAUGUGUCAUCAUGUGUCCCCUAGUGUCUGUGUCCCCUAGUGUCUCAGUGUCCCCAUGUGUCCUCUAGUGUCUCAGUGUCCCCAUGUGUCCCCUAGUGUCUCAGUGUCCCCUAGUGUCUGUGCCCCCAUGUGUCCCCUAGUGUCUCAGUGUCCCCUAGUGUCUCAGUGUCCCCAUGUGUCCCCAGUGUCUCAGUGUCCCCAUGUGUCCCCUAGUGUCUCAGUGUCCCCUAGUGUCUCAGUGUCCCCAUGUGUCCCCUAGUGUCUCAGUGUCCCAUAUGUCCCCUAGUGUCUCAGUGUCCCCAUGUGUCUCAGUGUCCCCAUGUGUCCCCUCGUGUCUCAGUGUCCCCAUGUGUCCCCUAGUGUCUCAGUGUCCCAUAUGUCCCCUAGUGUCUCAGUGUCCCCUAGUGUCUCAGUGUCCCCAUGUGUCCCCAUGCUGCCUUUCCCCUAUCCCUCAGUUACCUGAGCUGUAGAGAUGCUGUCUGGACUCUGUGCUGUGUAGCUGCUCCCCCAGGGAUCAGUGAGUAGUAGAGAGAGGCAGCGAGGGAUAUUCUGUAACUUCCUACCCCUGCCUCUCUCCACCCACAGUGACCCCUACUGGCCGGUGCUGGUAUUGCAGAGUAAUUUACAUUUAUUCUGAGAAAAUUACCUGCAUUUGUAUUGCCGGUAUUACUGCAGGCAGCCUGAAAUACCGUCUGUGCCAUUAAAAUACCAGUCAGGUGGCAAACCUAAGAUUAGUGUGUAAAAAAAAAAAAGUUUUUUUUUUUUUUUUUAAAUGGGCCUAUUCCAUGGGCCUGGGCCUGGGCCUGGAGCUGCAGCUCCAUCAGCCCCUUUGUUAAUCCGGCCCUGCCUGCCACACACACAGAUACAGACAUAUUGACACAGAUACACACAUAUUGACACAGAUACACACAUAUUGACACAGAUACAGACAUAUUGACACAGAUACAGACACACAAGCUGUGAUUUACACAUGUUUCCAUACAUUUUUGGUGCAUUCCCUGGGGUAUAGAAGGAUCUUGCUGCAGGGGGUCCGGGCUGAGGAUGCAUCUCUCCUCCUCCUCUUUUUGACUCCUGUUCAGUCUCCCUCCCCACUGCACUCGAAAGCUGUCAUCUUCACUCACUUCCUCUCGGCACCACGGCCAAAUUGCUGGUCUGGCAGUGGCUGGUCUCACUACUAAAGUGCCUGAUCAGACAUACCCAUUGGGUGGCCCUAAGCUUGCGGAUCCUGGCUGCACCAAGCAAUUUCUGUGAGGGGGAUCCCUCUUUUUACAUUGCUAUUUAUGAUUUUAUGAAUUUUGAUGUCAUUCUGUCUGUACAGGAACGUAAACAGAAGUGGACUGAAUCCUGCUCAGAGGUGAAGCACAAGGACGAGCGUCCUGGUCUGCUUCUUCCGGGCGUGUACAGCUUCCUGAAAAGCGGAAAUCAGUGAGAUUCGGCCACAUGGAAAUGGGUAUGCAGGGUGAGUUUGGGGGAUAAAAAGAACAUCUCUAUGGUAGUCUUCUCCCUAAAACUAUCGACUCAUGACUGGGACGUCCAGUGUUGUGAGCCAGCGUAUGUGUCUAGUAGGCUCCACACAGUGCAGACAGUUACUCUUUGUGGCUCAGAAAGGCUGCAAGAGGUCUUCUACCCAAAAUAAAGUCUACAUUGAGAUGACGAGAGGAUCCUGGUGGUAUGUCGGAAUAAAACAACAAUCCAGAUGGCACCUGACUACUCAGAUGUUUGACCUAGGGAUGGCAGCCCAAGAAAUCAUAGGUUCAGUCCAUUGCCACCACUACACAAUCUGCUUCCCCACAUCUUUUCAUCUCUCAUUUAUAUAAACAUCUGUCCACCUACAUAAAGUUAAAACACAGCCCACCAGCCAAGAAACGGUUACAGUGCAAAUCGUGGAAAAUGAUAAGGAAGAAACGGAAACAGAAAAUGGUGUAUACAAGGACAAGAUUGGUAUGGAGUUAGAAUGACAGGGCGAGAGAAUGGCAGAGCUGAAAAUGAAAGAGCUGAGGACAAUGGGCCCAGAAUGAAAACAAGAGAGGCAGGUUAAAAAAACCAACAUGGAUGUGAUGGAGAGACACGGUAUAGAGAGAGACACGGUAUAGAGAGAGACAGUAUAAAUAGAGAGACACAUAUAUAGAGAGAGAGAGAGAGACGGUAUAGAGAGAGAGACACGGUAUAGAGAGAGACACAGUAUAGAGAGAGACACGGUAUAGAGAGAGACACAGUAUAAAUAGAGAGACACAUAUAGAGAGAGAGAGACGGUAUAGAGAAAGAGAGACACGGUAUAGAGAGAGACACAGUAUAAAUAGAGAGACACAUAUAGAGAGAGAGAGACGGUAUAGAGAGAGAGAGACACGGUAUAGAGAGAGACACAGUAUAGAGAGAGACACGGUAUAGAGAGAGACACAUAUAGAGAGAGAGACGGCAUAGAGAGAGACACAGUAUAGAAAGAGACACACUAUAAAUAGAGAGAGACGGUAUAGAGAGAGAGACACGGUAUAGAGAGAGAGACAGUAUAGAGAGAGACACAGUAUAAAUAGAGAGACACAUAUAGAGAGAGAGACACGGUAUAGAGAGAGACACUGUAUAGAGAGAGACACAGUAUAAAUAGAGAGACACAUAUAGAGAGAGAGACACAUAUAGAGAGAGAGACACAGUACAGAGCGAGACACAGUAUAGAGAGAGACACGGUAUAGAGAGAGAGACAGUAUAGAGAGAGACACAGUAUAAACAGAGAGACACAUAUAGAGAGAGAGACACGGUAUAGAGAGAUACACAGUAUAAAUAGAGAGAGAGAGAGACGGUAUAGAGAGAGACACACGGUAUAGAGAGAGACACAGUAUAGAGAGAGACACGGUAUAGAGAGAGACACAGUAUAAAUAGCGAGACACAGUAUAGAGAGAGACAAUGUCACCACAAGACGUAUAAAGAGAGAGACAUGGUAUAGAGAGAGAGAGAGACACGGUAUAGAGAGAGACACGGUAUAGAGAGAGAGACAAAGUUUAGAGAGACACAGUAUAGAGAGAGAGACACUGUAUAGAGAGAGACGUAUAUAGAGAGAGACAUGGUAUAGAGAGAGGCGUAUAUAUAUAGAGAGAGAGACACAGUAUAGAGAGAGACAGUAUAGAGAGAGACAUGGUAUAGAGAACGAUACGGUAUAGAGAGAGACACAGUAUAUAGAGAGACGUUUAUGGAGAGAGACACGGUAUAGAGAAUGGUACGGUAUAGAGAGAGAAACAGUAUAGAGAGAGACGUAUAUAGAGGGAGACACGGUAUAGAGAGAGACACGAUAUAGAGAGAGACGUAUAUAGAGAGACACGGUAUAGAGAGAGACACUGUGUAGAGAACGAUACGGUAUAGAGAGAGACACAGUAUAGUGUGACAUGGUAUAGAGAGAGAUACGGUAUAGAGAGAGACACAGCAUAGAGAGAAACACAGUAUAGAGAGAGACACGGUAUAGAGAGAGACACUGUAUAGAGAACGAUAUGGUAUAGAGAGAGACACAGUAUACAGAGAGAGACGUAUAUAGAGAGAGAUGUAUUUAGAGAGAAACACGGUAUAGAGAGACACGAUAUAGAGAGAGAGGUUUAUAGAGAGAGAGACACAGUAUAGAGAGAGACACGGUAUAGAGAGAAACAUGGUAUAGAGAGAGACACAGUAUAGAGAGAGACACUGUAUAGAGAACGAUACGGUAUAGAGAGAGACACAGUAUAGAGAGACAUGGUAUAGAGAGAGUUACGGUAUAGAGAGAGGCACAGUAUAGAGAGAGACACGGUAUAGAGAGAGACGUUUAUAGAGAGAGACAUGGUAUAGAGAGAGGCGUAUAUAUAUAUAUAUAGAGAGACACAGUAUAGAGAGAGACAGUAUAGAGAGAGACAUGGUAUAGAGAACGAUACGGUAUAUAGAGAGACACAGUAUAUAGAGAGAGACGUUUAUGGAGAGAGACACGGUAUAGAGAAUGAUACGGUAUAAAGAGAGACACAGUAUAGAGAGAGAUGUAUAGAGAGAGACACAGUAUAGAGAGAGACACGGUAUAGAGAGAGACACGAUAUAGAGAGAGACGUAUAUAGAGAGAGACGUGUAUAUAGAGAGAGACACGGUAUAGAGAGAGACACGAUAUAGAGAGAGACACGUAUAGAGAGAGACACAAUUUAGAGAGAGACACGGUAUAGAGCGAGACACGGUAUAGAGAGAGACAUAGUAUAGAAUACGAUACGGUAUAGAGAGAGACACAGUAUACAGAGAGAGACGUAUAUAGAGAGAGAUGUAUUUAGAGAGAGACACGGUAUAGAGAUACGUAUAGAGAGAGACACAAUAUAGAGAGAGACGUUUAUAGAGAGAGACAUGGUAUAGAGAGAGACACAGUAUAGAGAGAAACACAGUAUAGAGAGAGACACGGUAUAGAGAGAGACACUGUAUAGAGAACGAUAUGGUAUAGAGAGAGACACAGUAUACAGAGAGAGACGUAUAUAGAGAGAGAUGUAUUUAGAGAGAGACACGGUAUAGAGAGACACGAUAUAGAGAGAGACGUUUAUAGAGAGAGAGACACAGUAUAGAGAGAGACACGGUAUAGAGAGAGACAUGGUAUAGAGAGAGACACUGUAUAGAGAACGAUACGGUAUAGAGAGAGACAGCAUAGAGACAUGGUAUAGAGAGAGAUACAGUAUAGAGAGUCAUGGUAUAGAGAGAGAUACGGUAUAGAGAGAGACACUGUAUAGAGAGAGACGUUUAUAGAGAGAGACAUGGUAUAGAGAGAGGCGUAUAUAUAUAGAGAGAGAGACACAGUAUAGAGAGAGACAGUAUAGAGAGAGACAUGGUAUAGAGAACGAUACGGUAUAGAGAGAGACACAGUAUAUAGAGAGAGACGUUUAUGGAGAGAGACACGGUAUAGAGAAUGGUACGGUAUAGAGAGAGAAACAGUAUAGAGAGAGACGUAUAUAGAGGGAGACACGGUAUAGAGAGAGACACGAUAUAGAGAGAGACGUAUAUAGAGAGACACGGUAUAGAGAGAGACACUGUGUAGAGAACGAUAUGGUAUAGAGAGAGACACAGUAUAGUGUGACAUGGUAUAGAGAGAGAUACGGUAUAGAGAGAGACACAGCAUAGAGAGAAACACAGUAUAGAGAGAGACACGGUAUAGAGAGAGACACUGUAUAGAGAACGAUAUGGUAUAGAGAGAGACACAGUAUACAGAGAGAGACGUAUAUAGAGAGAGAUGUAUUUAGAGAGAAACACGGUAUAGAGAGACACGAUAUAGAGAGAGAGGUUUAUAGAGAGAGAGACACAGUAUAGAGAGAGACACGGUAUAGAGAGAAACAUGGUAUAGAGAGAGACACAGUAUAGAGAGAGACACUGUAUAGAGAACGAUACGGUAUAGAGAGAGACACAGUAUAGAGAGACAUGGUAUAGAGAGAGUUACGGUAUAGAGAGAGGCACAGUAUAGAGAGAGACACGGUAUAGAGAGAGACGUUUAUAGAGAGAGACAUGGUAUAGAGAGAGGCGUAUAUAUAUAUAGAGAGAGACACAGUAUAGAGAGAGACAGUAUAGAGAGAGACAUGGUAUAGAGAACGAUACGGUAUAGAGAGAGACACAGUAUAUAGAGAGAGACGUUUAUGGAGAGAGACACGGUAUAGAGAAUGAUACGGUAUAAAGAGAGACACAGUAUAGAGAGAGAUGUAUAGAGAGAGACACGGUAUAGAGAGAGACACGGUAUAGAGAGAGACACGAUAUAGAGAGAGACGUAUAUAGAGAGAGACGUGUAUAUAGAGAGAGACACGGUAUAGAGAGAGACACGAUAUAGAGAGAGACACGUAUAGAGAGAGACGUAUAUAGAGAGAGACACGGUAUAGAGCGAGACACGGUAUAGAGAGAGACACUGUAUAGAGAACGAUAUGGUAUAGAGAGAGACACAGUAUACAGAGAGAGACGUAUAUAGAGAGAGAUGUAUUUAGAGAGAGACACGGUAUAGAGAGACACGAUAUAGAGAGAGACGUUUAUAGAGAGAGAGACACAGUAUAGAGAGAGACACGGUAUAGAGAGAGACAUGGUAUAGAGAGAGACACUGUAUAGAGAACGAUACGGUAUAGAGAGAGACAGCAUAGAGACACAUGGUAUAGAGAGAGAUACAGUAUAGAGAGUCAUGGUAUAGAGAGAGAUACGGUAUAGAGAGAGACACGGUAUAGAGAGAGACACUGUUUAGAGAGAGACGUUUAUAGAGAGAGACAUGGUAUAGAGAGAGGCGUAUAUAUAUAUAGAGAGAGACACAGUAUAGAGAGAGACAGUAUAGAGAGAGACAUGGUAUAGAGAACGAUACGGUAUAGAGAGAGACACAGUAUAUAGAGAGAGACAUUUAUGGAGAGAGACACGGUAUAGAGAAUUAUACGGUAUAAAGAGAGACACAGUAUAGAGAGAGACGUAUAUAGAGAGACGUAUAUAGAGAGAGACACGGUAUAGAGAGAGACACGAUAUAGAGAGAGACGUGUAUAUAGAGAGAGACACGGUAUAGAGAGAGACACGUAUAGAGAGAGACGUAUAUAGAGAGAGACACAAUUUAGAGAGAGACACGGUAUAGAGAGAGACACGGUAUAGAGAGAGAAAUAGUAUAGAAAACGAUACGGUAUAGAGAGAGACACAGUAUACAGAGAGAGACGUAUAUAGAGAGAGAUGUAUUUAGAGAGAGACACGGUAUAGAGAUACGUAUAGAGAGAGACACAAUAUAGAGAGAGACGUUUAUAGAGAGAGACAUGGUAUAGAGAGAGACAGUAUAGAGAGACAUGGUAUAGAGAGAGAUACGGUAUAGAGAGAGACACAGCAUAGAGAGAAACACAGUAUAGAGAGAGACACGGUAUAGAGAGAGACACUGUAUAGAGAACGAUAUGGUAUAGAGGGAGACACAGUAUACAGAGAGAGACGUAUAUAGAGAGAGAUGUAUUUAAAGAGAGACACGGUAUAGAGAGACACGAUAUAGAGAGAGACGUUUAUAGAGAGAGAGACACAGUAUAGAGAGAGAGACGGUAUAGAGAGAGACACGGUAUAGAGAGAGACAUGGUAUAGAGAGACACAGUAUAGAGAGAGACACUGUAUAGAGAACGAUACAGUAUAGAGAGAGACACAGUAUAGAGAGACAUGGUAUAGAGAGAAAAAAAGAAGGAAGUACUAUAUAAUCUCCCAACCAAGACAAAAGGAAACGUGCCAAACACCCAGCAGUGUACCUCACAUACACCAAUAUAAUAUGGACAAAAAAGUAAAUCUACACUGUAUAAAAUACUAGUGUAGAUUAAAGGGGUAGCACAAAAAAUAUAUACAACCUGUAGAUAAUACAAAAAACUUCCUUCACAAGAUCUACAAUAUAAGAAAAAUCACAUAAUAGUGAAGCAUGUACAAACAGUGUAUAAUACACUCCCGGAGGUAGAGAACUUACAGGACCAAACUGUGGAUCUGAACUUGUCUCCCUUCCAUAGGGUAUAUGGAUAAACGAUUCUUCUCUCAGGAAGCUUGUGUAUACGGACCGAAGGUGUAAAUUCAAGACGCUCAAUCCUCAGAAGGAAAAGAGGUAUAUAGAGCAGUAUUGUAGAUAAAAAAUAAUUUAUUUAUACAAAAUGCACUUACAUCAAAUGAAGCUCAUAGCAGCAUGUCACCACUAGCAAGUGGUACCCAGGAGAAGGAGUCUCUCUGUAGUAGAAUGUGAACAUAUAUAUUUAAAAAAUACUAAAAAAACACACAUAAAAAAACAAAACAAAAAAAGGAGAGUAAAUAUAUAUAUGUAAAAAGAGUAUAUAUCCAACGCGUUUCGUCUUUUGAAAGACUUCUUCAGGGAUAGAGAAUUAAAAAUUCUAUUUUCUUUAUAUAGCCUUCACCACUUGAAAUUGCUGCGGGAAAAAAGUUCACUUCCGGGUUCGGACUUCUCGAUUUCUAAUUGGACACCCAUCGUGAUGACUUCCGGUAGAUGUAACUAGAUGUUUUUCAUUUCCGCGUUCCAAGCUGGAACGCAUGGCGUCCAUAACGUGUGGCUAGAUGUUUUCAUUUCCGCGUUCCAAGCUGGAACGCAUGGCGCCCAUAACAUGCAGUACUAUGCUAUGGACAACACUUCCGCGUUCCACCGUGGAACGCACGGACAAACCCAGGCACACAUGCUGCACUGGGAACACCGAACGUCCCAGAGUGGGACACAGAGUAAAAAUACCGAUAACCAUCUACAUACAUAAUGUGAAAUAAUAUACAACAAAGAGAUAUAUAAAUAAAAAUAAAAACAAUAAUAUACCUAUCAAUAUACCGAUAUCAUCAAGGUACUAUAUGGAACAAAAACUAAAAAAUACAUAAUAUAAACAUGUAUAUAUAUAAAAAAAUAGAGUGUAGAUAUACCCAAAUCCAUAUCCACAUAUACAUCCAUAUAUAGAAGAAAACCAUACCUAUCCUUCUAUCUCAAUAAAAAUAUAUAUAUAUAUAGGGAAAAAACAAACAUAAAAAACAUCAAACGUAUAGAAUAAAUAAUUACAAAAGGCCCGCCAGACCAAUAUCUUGGUUAAGACCUCUUUUAAGGGUAUUAAGUGUAUAAAUCCAAAAGGCCUCUUUUUUGGCUAGAUCAUUAAUUCUAUUUCCCCCUCUCCAAUGAGGAGUUACUUGAUCUAUACCAAUGGCAAUAAAGGUGGACCAAUCAAAUAGAUGACAAGAAUUACAAUGAUUUGGGACACUAUGUUCCAUUUUUUGAUUUCUAAUAUUAUUAAAAUGCUCCCGGAGUCUAGUAUGUAGGGUCCUGGUGGUUCUACCCACAUACUGAACUCCGCAACCACAUUGUAAAAGGUAAAUCACAUAUGUGGAUGUGCAAUGGAUAAAUUUCUUGAUAUUAUAUGUUUGAUUAGUAUAAAAUCCUUCAAAAGAGGUAGAUUUUCUUUUUUGAUAAAUACAUGUGGAACAUGUUCCACAUUUAUGGAAACCUGGAGUUUUUGUGGAUUGCAAAAAGUUCUUCGAAAUUGGACCUUUAAUCAAUUUCGGUAACAAACUAGGUGCCAAUUUAUUUUUAAGGGUGUCUGCCUUCCUAUAUAUAACUACAGGCCUUUCUGGAAUUUUAUCUCCUAAGACAUCAUCUCUUUUUAAAAUGGCCCAGUGUUUUUUAAGGAUUUUUUCAAUUUUUUUGGCUUCAGAACUGUACUUGGUAAUAAAUGCAAAAUCUUUGUAGCUAUAAUUAUUUUUAUUUUUAUUUUUUUGGUUAAAACUUUUAUCUUUCAAAAAUUCUGUACGAUCUUUGCCCUUUAUUUUUACAAUAUCAUCUUGUAUAUGAUCUAUAUUAUACCCUUUUUCCACAUAUCUGUUUUGUAUUAGUUUUGAUUGUUCUUCAAACAUUUGAACACUAGAACAAUUUCUUCUCAUUCGAGUUAUUUGGCUUUUAGGGAUAUUGUUUAGCCAUACUGGAUGGUGUAAACUAGUCUUUUUUAUUGCUGUAUUGCAAUCAGUUUUUUUAAAGAAGGUUUUUGUGUUUAAAGUAUCAUUUUCUACAUAUAAAGUUAGAUCCAAAAAAUCUAUAGUAGACGGAUGGAUGUUAUGGGUAAAAUUAAGAUUAUAGUCGUUUAAGUUUAUACUUUCAAUAAAUCUUUCUAGACUCUGGACUCUUCAUCUUUAAAGGGAAGGUCUAAUUUUUAUCCCUCCCAUGAAAAAAGAAGAUUUUUAGAAGUAUUUAAUGAUUUGGUCCAGAAUGACCUUGACAAAAUUCAAUGGAAACACAAAAAUUCUAAAUGUAAUUUAACUAAUAAAGAAAGACAAGCUCUAAAUACAUUAAAAAAGAAUUAUAAUUUGGUUAUAAAAGAGGCCGAUAAAGGGGGCGGAACGGUCAUCAUGAGUAGGGAAUAUUAUAUGCAAGAAGCUUACCGAAUUUUGGGAGAUGAGUCUACAUAUAAAAAGCUUGCUAAGGAUCCUACAAAACCUUUUUUGGAAGAUUUGAGAUCUUUACUCCAGAAGGGUUUGGAUCAAGCUAUUAUUUCAGUAAAAGAAUUUCAGUACAUCUUUAAUCCCUUUUGUAAAACAGCCAUUUUUUAUUUUCUCCCCAAAAUCCACAAAUGUGUGACGACCCCUCCAGGUCGACCCAUUAUUAGUGGGAUUAAUUCUUUAUCGUGCAAUCUCUCGGAAUAUGUGGACUUCUUUUUAAAACCUUAUGUAUCUUUGUGUCCCUCUUUUGUCAAAGAUACUACUCAUAUCCUUCAAAGUUUACAGUCAUUCAUUUGGAAACCAUCUUAAAUAUUAGCUACAGUGGACGUUACCUCCCUGUACUCCAAUAUCCCUCAUGUUAAGGGUUUGGAGGUUAUCAGAGACGUUCUAGUCCUACAACAUGUUCUAAACUCCACUCAGAUUGAUUUUUUGGUGUCCUGUAUCCAAUUUGUUUUGGAAAAGAAUUUUUUUUGGUUUGAUACUGCCUUUUUUUUUACAACGAUGUGGCGUCGCCAUGGGGACAAGGUCCGCCCCAAGUUUUGCCAACUUAUAUGUAUCCCAUUGGGAGGCUUCAUGCAUCCAGCUGGGACCUUGUAUGGGGGGGAACCUUGUCCUAUGGCGGCGCUACAUCGAUGAUGUACUUAUCAUUUGGGAAGGAGAUGUCCAGAGUCUAGAAAGAUUUAUUGAAAGUAUAAACUUAAACGACUAUAAUCUUAAUUUUACCCAUAACAUCCAUCCGUCUACUAUAGAUUUUUUGGAUCUAACUUUAUAUGUAGAAAAUGAUACUUUAAACACAAAAACCUUCUUUAAAAAAACUGAUUGCAAUACAGCAAUAAAAAAGACUAGUUUACACCAUCCAGUAUGGCUAAACAAUAUCCCUAAAAGCCAAAUAACUCGAAUGAGAAGAAAUUGUUCUAGUGUCCAAAUGUUUGAAGAACAAUCAAAACUAAUACAAAACAGAUAUGUGGAAAAAGGGUAUAAUAUAGAUCAUAUACAAGAUGAUAUUGUAAAAAUAAAGGGCAAAGAUCGUACAGAAUUUUUGAAAGAUAAAAGUUUUAACCAAAAAAAUAAAAAUAAAAAUAAUUAUAACUACAAAGAUUUUGCAUUUAUUACCAAGUACAGUUCUGAAGCCAAAGAAAUUGAAAAAAUCCUUAAAAAACACUGGGCCAUUUUAAAAAGAGAUGAUGUCUUAGGAGAUAAAAUUCCAGAAAGGCCUGUAGUUAUAUAUAGGAAGGCAGACACCCUUAAAAAUAAAUUGGCACCUAGUUUGUUACCGAAAUUGAUUAAAGGUCCAAAUUCGAAGAACUUUUUGCAAUCCACAAAAACUCCAGGUUUCCAUAAAUGUGGAACAUGUUCCACAUGUAUUUAUCAAAAAAGAAAAUCUACCUCUUUUGUAGGAUUUUAUACUAAUCAAACAUAUAAUAUCAAGAAAUUUAUCCAUUGCACAUCCACAUAUGUGAUUUACCUUUUACAAUGUGGUUGCGGAGUUCAGUAUGUGGGUAGAACCACCAGGACCCUACAUACUAGACUCCGGGAGCAUUUUAAUAAUAUUAGAAAUCAAAAAACGGAACAUAGUGUCCCAAAUCAUUGUAAUUCUUGUCAUCUAUUUGAUUGGUCCACCUUUAUUGCCAUUGGUAUAGAUCAAGUAACUCCUCAUUGGAGAGGGGGAAAUAGAAUUAAUGAUCUAGCCAAAAAAGAGGCCUUUUGGAUUUAUACACUUAAUACCCUUAAAAGAGGUCUUAACCAAGAUAUUGGUCUGGCGGGCCUUUUGUAAUUAUUUAUUCUAUACGUUUGAUGUUUUUUAUGUUUGUUUUUUCCCUAUAUAUAUAUAUAUUUUUUAUUGAGAUAGAAGGAUAGGUAUGGUUUUCUUCUAUAUAUGGAUGUAUAUGUGGAUAUGGAUUUGGGUAUAUCUACACUCUAUUUUUUUAUAUAUAUACAUGUUUAUAUUAUGUAUUUUUUAGUUUUUGUUCCAUAUAGUACCUUGAUGAUAUCGGUAUAUUGAUAGGUAUAUUAUUGUUUUUAUUUUUAUUUAUAUAUCUCUUUGUUGUAUAUUAUUUCACAUUAUGUAUGUAGAUGGUUAUCGGUAUUUUUACUCUGUGUCCCACUCUGGGACGUUCGGUGUUCCCAGUGCAGCAUGUGUGCCUGGGUUUGUCCGUGCGUUCCACGGUGGAACGCGGAAGUGUUGUCCAUAGCAUAGUACUGCAUGUUAUGGGCGCCAUGCGUUCCAGCUUGGAACGCGGAAAUGAAAACAUCUAGCCACACGUUAUGGACGCCAUGCGUUCCAGCUUGGAACGCGGAAAUGAAAAACAUCUAGUUACAUCUACCGGAAGUCAUCACGAUGGGUGUCCAAUUAGAAAUCGAGAAGUCCGAACCCGGAAGUGAACUUUUUUCCCGCAGCAAUUUCAAGUGGUGAAGGCUAUAUAAAGAAAAUAGAAUUUUUAAUUCUCUAUCCCUGAAGAAGUCUUUCAAAAGACGAAACGCGUUGGAUAUAUACUCUUUUUACAUAUAUAUAUUUACUCUCCUUUUUUUGUUUUGUUUUUUUAUGUGUGUUUUUUUAGUAUUUUUUAAAUAUAUAUGUUCACAUUCUACUACAGAGAGACUCCUUCUCCUGGGUACCACUUGCUAGUGGUGACAUGCUGCUAUGAGCUUCAUUUGAUGUAAGUGCAUUUUGUAUAAAUAAAUUAUUUUUUAUCUACAAUACUGCUCUAUAUACCUCUUUUCCUUCUGAGGAUUGAGCGUCUUGAAUUUACACCUUCGGUCCGUAUACACAAGCUUCCUGAGAGAAGAAUCGUUUAUCCAUAUACCCUAUGGAAGGGAGACAAGUUCAGAUCUACAGUUUGGUCCUGUAAGUUCUCUGCCUCCGGGAGUGUAUUAUACACUGUUUGUACAUGCUUCACUAUUAUGUGAUUUUUCUUAUAUUGUAGAUCUUGUGAAGGAAGUUUUUUGUAUUAUCUACAGGUUGUAUAUAUUUGUUGUGCUACCCCUUUAAUCUACACUAGUAUUUUAUACAGUGUAGAUUUACUUUUUUGUCCAUGGUAUAGAGAGAGGCACAGUAUAGAGAGAGACAUGGUAUAGAGAGAGACGUUUAUAGAGAGAGACACUGUAUACAGAGAGAGACGUAUAUAUAGAGAGAUGUAUUUAGAGAGAGACACGGUAUAGAGAGAGAUACGUAUAGAGAGAGACGUUUAUAGAGAGAGACAUGGUAUAGAGAGAGACACAGUAUAGAGAGAGACACUGUAUAGAGAACAAUACGGUAUAGAGAGAGACACAGUAUAGAGAGACAUGUUAUAGAUAGAGAUACGGUAUAGAGAGAGACACAGCAUAGAGAGAAACACAGUGUGACAGACCCAUCCGAAUGAACUAGAAUUGCUGUGUUCGUCUGUUUUGCCGUUUGCAUGAAUUUCCCCAUUCAUAUGCCUUGUUUAAGGGAAUGUAUUUUUCUGUCGAAAGGAACUAUCGAACGGACGGCCACCCAGAAGAGAAGUGUGCUGCUGGUUAACCUAUUGAUCCCAAUUAGAACGUUGCGGUUAACCACAGACACUUCUCAAUUAAAACCGAAUACAGGGUGGUCAUCGUUCGUAUGCCGACCACGAGGCGGCGGCCAUUUUAACCAUGCGAAAGACCAGCGGUGUUCGACGGUUAUUUCAUGGAAAUGAAAACGGACACUUUUUCAACCGAACACCGCCGAACCCGUCGACCUCCCUUCUCAAUCGACAGAAGUCUGCGAACACCGGCCGUUCGGGAGAUUUAAAGGCACGAAUGGACUUACCCCAGAUAGCCUUCCCACGGAGUCAAUCGCAUACCAAAGAACUGUAAUAGACUUUGACUCCAUGGCGAUUGAACUGUGCGUAUGGGAUCUGAGUGCUAUUCGCCAAUAAUAUGCACUCAGAUCCAGGCUAUCUGGGGAUGUGUUACAUGAAUGUAAUAUGUUCGGCAGUUAUAAAGUUAUGUAUUUUUAUGUGUUUUGUGAAUUGUACUUAAAAUGGCGAUUUGCCUCUGCUCUGGUAGAUAAUUGAAUUACUUCUCAAUUAUCUCCCGAGCAGAGGGGAGGAAACUGUGAUGCAUGCUGGGAAUAUUGUGGGAUUGUAUGUCUGAAAUGUCUCCAUGUCCAUCUGUUAUUCCAGUCUCCCAUUUGGUCCCCUAGGGGAGUGUCCACCAAGUGGGAGACCUGCAUAAAUACGGGCAGGUAGCACACAGUAAACUCAGUUCGUGUUUUACCCUCAAAGCGGAGCUUGGUCUCGUUAUUGGGGGGAUUUUAUUACCGACGACUAGAGACUGCUCAUUGGAAUUAUUUGCCGCUUGGAAGAUAUUGGCGUUCGGCUGAUAUUGGCAGUUCGUGUAUUUGGAGCUCGUGAAGGGAAGGAGCUGUACGGGUACCGUUCGGGAGUUUGGAGUGUUCCCUGGCUGGCGGUUCGCAUGCUUGUAUUGUAUACGCUACCAGACAACAUUAUUGCGAACGGGGAGCAUUCACUAAAUGGCGGUUUGUACAUUUAUUACUGAAGGUACCAUAACAACUGGUGGCAGCGGUGGGAUGACCCUCAGCACCCAGAGAGACCACUACAACCAGGAUUAAAUGGAAUUACAAUACCAAAGUCUGAAAAGAGCUACCCUAAAGGAUUUAUUAGAACAAAGAGGUGGACAAGCCAGACAACCUCAGGAAGAGGGAGAUUAUUGCACUAUUGCUGGAAAUGGAUGGAGUACCAGAGGCAGAGGGAAGCAAUGGACCCAGCACAGCUGACAGAACCCCCUAGGAGGCAAGCUUUGACCGGGCGGUAAGAAUCAGGCUGGCCCAUUAUGGUCCCAACCCAUCUGCAGAGAUCAUCGACCAGAUCAUGGCCGCUGUGGAGGCCAACCUGCUACGCCAAAGCGGUGCUGCAGCAGCCCCAGUCACAGCAAACCCGGGGGAAAGAAAUAAAUGUUUACUGCAUUUAAACCUUUUGUAGAGGUAGAAGGAGAGAUUGAUGGGUACCUUGCUGAUUUUGAGGUACUGGAAGACUGGGUUACUAUAUUGUCCGGCAAGUUAUCCGGCUGGGCCAGCGAUGCUUUUCGGGCCAUUCCUGAUGAGGAGAUUGGGGAUUAUGGGGCCGUCAGGGAAGCUUUACUCUCCAGGUAUGCCGUCACACCGGAGGCAUACAGGAGGGGGUUCCGAGACACUGUUAAAACAGCUGGGGACUCGUAUGUUGAAUGGGCAUGCAAAGUGCACCGCACAGCUGCCCACUGGAUGGCGGGGUGCCAGGCUGUGUCCGGGGAAGAGGUGCUGCAGAUGUUCCUAUUUUAGCAUUGCUUCGACAAAUUAUCCCCAGGGAUCGGAGAGUGGGUAAGGGACCGUAAACCCUCCACUCUGCAUGAAGCAGCUCGCCUGGCUGACGAGUAUACGGAUGCCCGCAAACUGGACAGUUCCAUCAGUAAGACUUCCGCCAGAGUGGAGUACCGGCCAGCAGCACCACCAGCAGCUAACAUCUACCAGCCUCCAAUGAAUCGCCCGUCAGCACCCACUCCGUCUGCCCAGUAUCAACAGCCACCCCGGUUCAACUCACGGGAUUACUCGCAACCCAUUAGGUGCUUCUUAUGCAAACAGCCAGGGCACAAGCGACCGGAGUGCCUGAUGAACAGUGCCAACCAGACCCAGUCUUGGAGGAGACCAGCCGGCGGCAAUCCACGACCACCUCUCCCAGCUGCUCACUGUGUAGAGGAAGAGAAGUGCUGGGGCAUCCUGCAUGAGGCAGACCCUGUUCAAGCUGCCCACCGACAUAACAGACAGCACCACCGGCAAUGUGUAAAGGUCAACGGGAAGGAGGUCAGUGGUCUACGGGAUACCGGUGCAACCAUGACUUUGCUUCAGAAGCACCUGGUGUCCGAGGCCCAACAUACCGGGGACACGGUCGCAGUGCGAGUAGCCGGGGGUGCCGUGUUUCGUCUACCCGUUGCCCGAGUACAUUUGGAUUGGGGAGUGGGCGCUAGACAUGUAAAUGUGGGGGUCAUGAAGGACUUACCAGCAGAUGUUCUCCUUGGCAAUGACAUGGCGCCCCUUGUUUCAGCCUUCGCUCCCAUGUGUCCCGUUGAAGUGGACGCUGUCACGACCCAUGGCCAGACCCGUGCCGCCGAGACCGGCCCACCUGCUGCUGAGACCCAGGUAAGACUCUCUACCCCGACUUGUACCUUUAGGCUGGGAUACCCCAGAGAUGUACGGGAAGGAAACUAGGGAAGACCCGACGUUAGCGAAGUACAGGGCCAGGGCCGAUUAUGGGGGAGAAGGGGUAGAUGGGGAGCAUUACGAGUGGGUGGGGGAUAGGCUGUACAGGAUCCCUAAACCGUCCCAGAAACCGAGUACCCCUCCGCAGAAUCGACAGCUAGUGGUACCUGCAAAAUACCGGCAGGAGAUUCUGCGGAUUGGGCAUGAUGUGCCAUUAGCGGGCCAUCUAGGUUCCCGCCGCACAGCUCAUAGAAUCACACAAAACUUUUUCUGGCCCAAUUUUAACCGAGAUGUGUAGGUUUAUUGUAGCACGUGUGACACCUGUCUACGGGUAGGUAAACAGGGGGAUCACCCAAAGGCUAGGCUUCAGUUGAUGCCUAUCAUUGGAGAACCCUUUUCCUGCAUAGCCGUUGACAUUGUGGGUCCACUGGCCAGGGCUAGCCCAUCCGGUAAGAAGUAUAUUCUCACCGUGGUGGACUAUGCUACACGUUAUCCAGAGGCAGUAGCGCUGUCUAAUAUAGAGGCAGAGACAGUUGCUGAUGCCCUGGUUAAAAUUUUCACUAGGGUCGGGUUCCCUCAGGAGAUCCUCUCCGACCAGGGAACUCAGUUCACCGCUGUGCUUACCCAGCAGCUGUGGAAGGUGUGCGACAUUAAACCACUGCUUAGCUCACCUUAUCAUCCACAGACUAACGGUCUCUGCGAGCGCUUUAACGGUACUCUCAAACAGAUGUUGAGAACCUUUACUGACACUUGCAGAGACUGGGAGCGAUUCCUGCCUCAUCUGCUAUUUGCAUACAGAGAGGUGCCCCAGGAAUCUACUGGGUUCUCCCCCUUUGAGUUACUCUAUGGGAAAAGGGUCCGCGGACCCCUGGAUCUCAUUAGAGGGCACUGGGAGGGGGAGACAGAGCAAGAAGGGACCCCCAUAGUACCAUAUGUCCUGGAACUCCGGGACCGCAUGGAGAAACUAUCCCUGAUGGUAAGGGAGAAUCUCCAGGCGGCCCAGGGGAGACAGAAGAGGUGGUACGAUCGGGGUGCCCGACAGCGGGUCUUCCAGGUGGGGCAGAAGGUUCUGGUGCUCAAGCCUGUGAAGACGAACAAGAUGCAAGCAUCUUGGCAGGGCCCGUAUAAAGUGUUAGCCCAGGUAUGUGAUACUACCUAUCUUAUAGCCAGCUGUGCAGAUGAAAGGAUCCAGCGAUCCUUUCAUGUGAACAUGCUGAAGGAGUAUCAGGAGAGACCAGAGGAUGUGGCGGCAGUAUGUGCCCCAGCUGCCGACGACCCCGAGAAUUUACCCUUACCCGACUUAUUAGAGAAGGAUCCCCAGACUGACCUUACUAGUCUUGUGCAGCUAGGGGACCGGUUAAACCCCGCAGAGAAGGUACAGGCAAGACAGCUUCUGUGGGAGAAGCAGGCGACGUUCUCCCAAGAACCCGGGUACACUACCCUAGCUGUGCACAAGGUCGAGACACCCGGACAGAACCCCCUACGACAACCCCCAUACCGUAUCCCUGAAGCAGUCCGAGAAGGAAUGCGGAAGGAGAUACAGGAGAUGACCAGGCUGGGGGUCAUCGAGCACUCAGACAGCCCUUGGGCCUCCCCUGCAGUCCUGGUGCCUAAGAAGGAUGGGACCACCCGGUUCUGUGUUGACUACAGGCGAUCAACGAGCGGACCACCACUGACGCCUACCCGAUGCCCCAGGUAGACGAGUUAUUAGACCGCAUUGCCAGGGGGCGCUAUCUGACCACCAUUGACCUGUGUAAAGGUUAUUGGCAGAUCCCCCUGGCCGAGGAUGCUAUCCCUAAGUCGGCAUUCGUCACCCCAUUUGGUCUGUACCAGUUUAAGGUCGUGCCAUUUGGGAUGAAGAAUGCUCCGGCUACCUUCCAGCGUAUGGUGGAUAGGCUCCUCGAUGGCUUCCAGGAAUUUGCAUGUGCAUACCUGGAUGACAUUGCGGUCUACAGUGAGUCCUGGGAAGAACACUUAGUACACGUGGGGGUGGUGCUGGACAGAUUCGGGCCACAGGCCUGACCUUGAAACCAGACAAGUGCCAUCUAGGCAUGGCAGAAGUGCAGUACUUGGGUCACAGGGUAGAAUGUGGGAGCCAGAGACCAGAGCCAGCCAAGGUAAAAGCUGUAGCUAACUGGCCCACACCUAUCACCAAGACCCAAGUAUUGGCCUUCCUGGGGACGGCAGGGUAUUACCGACGUUUUGUCCCCGACUACAGUACAGUUGCCAAGCCCUUGACUGACCUGACUAAGAAAAAUUUACCUAAGCAGGUCCUGUGGUCUCCAGCUUGUGAAGCCGCGUUUCAGGCCCUGAAGCAAGCUCUUGUAAAUGCCUCUGUCCUGGCUGCCCCAGUCAACAAAUGUUUUCUCGUCCAUACAGAUGCUUCCAUGUAUGGACUGGGGGCUGUGCUGAGCCAGGUUGGGGAAGAUGGAGGAGAGCACCCUGUCGCAUAUCUCAGCAGAAAGCUAUUACCCUGGGAAGUGAGUUAUGCGGCAGUGGAGAAAGAGUGUUUAGCCCUGGUCUGGGCACUGAAGAAGUUGAGCCCUUAUUUGUACGGGCAGGAGUUUUCCCUUAUCAUGGACCACAAUCCCCUUGUCUGGCUUAACCGGGUCUCAGGAGACAAUGGCAGACUGCUGAGGUGGAGUUUGGCACUGCAGCCUUACAACUUCACCAUCAGCUACCGACCCGGUAAGCAGAAUGGGAAUGCGGAUGGGUUAUCCUGGCAAACAGACGUCCCUACUUCUUCCUAGUCCGGUCAUCCCCAAGUUGACCCGCCAAAAGGUCAAGCCGAGUCUGCCUGAGUGUUCCACAAGGGGGGAGCCGUGUGACAGACCCAUCCGUAUGAACUAGAAUUGCUGUGUUCGUCUGUUUUGCCGUUUGCAUGAAUUUCCCCAUUCGUAUGCCUUGUUGAAGGGAAUGUAUUUUUCUGUCGAACGGAACUACUGAACGGACGGCCACCCAGAAGAGAAGUGUGCUGCUGGUUAACCUAUUGAUCCCAAUUAGAAUGUUGCGGUUAACCACAGACACUUCUCAAUUAAAACCGAAUACAGGGUAGUCAUCGUUGGUAUGUCGACCACGAGGCGGUGGCCAUUUUAACCAUGCGAAAGACCAGCAGUGCUCGACAGUUAUUUCAUGGAACUGAAAACGGACACUUUUUCAACCGAACACCGCUGAAGCCGUCGACCUCCCUUCUCAAUCGACAGAAGUGUGCGAACACCGGCCGUUCGGGAGAUUUAAAGGCACGAAUGGACUUACCCCCAGAUAGCCUUCCCAUGGAGUCAAUCGCAUACCGAAGAACUGUAAUAGACUUUGACUCCAUGGCGAUUGAACUGUGCGUAUGGGAUCUGAGUGCUAUUCGCCAAUAAUAUGCACUCAGAUCCAGGCUAUCUGGGGAUGUGUUACAUGAAUGUAAUAUGUUCGGCAGUUAUAAAGUUAUGUAUUUUUAUGUGUUUUGUGAAUUGUACUUAAAAUGGCGAUUUGCCUCCGCUCUGGGAGAUAAUUGAAUUACUUCUCAAUUAUCUCCCGAGCAGAGGGGAGGAAACUGUGAUGCAUGCUGGGAAUAUUGUGGGAUUGUAUGUCUGAAAUGUCCCCAUGUUCAUCUGUUAUUCCAGUCUCCCAUUUGGUCCCUUAGAGGAGUGUCCACCAAGUGGGAGACCUGCAUAAAUACGGGCAGGUAGCACACAGUAAACUCAGUUCAUGUUUUACCCUCAAAGCGGAGCUUGGUCUCGUUAUUGGGGGGAUUUUAUUACCGGCGACUAGAGACUGCUCAUUGGAAUUAUUUGCCGCUUGGAAAAUAUUGGCGUUCGGCUGAUAUUUGCAGUUCGUGUAUUUGGAGCUCGUGAAGGGAAGGAGCCGUACGGGUACCGUUCGGGAGUUUGGAGUGUUCCCUGGCUGGCGGUUCGCAUGCUUGUAUUGUAUACGCUACCAGACAACAUUAUUGUGAACGGGGAGCAUUCACAUUUAUUACUGAAGGUACCGUAACACACAGUAUAGAGAGAGACACGGUAUAGAGAGAGACACAGUAUAGAGAACGAUACGGUAUAGAGAGAGACACAGUAUACAGAGAGAGACGUAUAUAGAGAGAGAUGUAUUUAGAGAGAAACACGGUAUAGAGAGAGACACGAUAUAGAGAGAGACGUUUAUAGAGAGAGAGACACAGUAUAGAGAGAGAGACGGUAUAGAGAGAGACACUGUAUAGAGAAUGAUACGUUAUAGAGAGAGACACAGUAUACAGAGAGAGACGUAUAUAGAGAGAGAUGUAUUUAGAGAGAGAUACGUAUAGAGAGAGACACAUUAUACAGAGAGAUGUUUAUAGAGAGAGACACGGUAUAGAGAGAGGCAUGAUAUAGAGAGAGACACAGUAUAGAGAGAGACACUGUAUAGAGUACGAUACAGUAUAGAGAGAGACACAGUAUAGAAAGACAUGGUAUAGAGAGAGAUACGGUAUAGAGAGAGACACAGCAUAGAGAGAAACACAGUAUAGAGAGAGAGACACGGUAUAGAGAGAGAGACGUAUAUAGAGAGAAACACGGUAUAGAGAGAGACACGGUAUAGAGAGAGACACAGUAUACAGAGAGAGACGUAUAUAGAGAGAGAUGUAUUUAGAGAGAGACACGGUAUAGAGAGAGACACGAUAUAGAGAGAGACGUUUAUAGAGAGAGAGAGACACAGUAUAGAGAGAGACACGGUAUAGAGAGAGACACAGUAUAGAGAGAGACACUGUAUAGAGAACGAUACGGUAUAGAGAGAGACACAGUAUAGAGAGAUACGGUAUAGAGAGAGACACAGUAUAGAGAGACAUGGCAUAGAGAGAGAUACGGUAUAGAGAGAGACACGGUAUAGAGAGAGACAUAUAUAGAGAGAGACACAGUAUAGAGAACGAUACGGUAUAGAGAGAGAGACGUAUAUAGAGAGAGAUGUAUAUAGAGAGAGGCACGUAUAGAGAGAGAUGUAUAUAGAGAGAGAUAUGGUACAGAGAGAAACACAGUAUAGAGAGAGACACGGUAUAGAGAGAGACACAGUAUAGAGAGAGACACUAUAGAGAACGAUACGGUAUAGAGAGAGACACAGUAUAGAGAGAGACGUAUAUAGAGAGAGAUGUAUAUAUAGAGAGACAUAGUAUAGAGAGAGACGUUUAUAGAGACAGAGACACAGUAUAGAGAGAGGCACGGUUUAGAGAGAGACAUGGUAUAGAGAGGCAUAUAUAUAUAUAUAGAGAGAGAGAUACAGUAUAGAGAGAGACACUGUAUAGAGAACGAUACGGUAUAGAGAGAGACACAGCAUAGAGAGAGAGACACGGUAUGUAGAGAGAUACGGUAUAGAGAGAGACAUGGUAUAGCGAGAGAGACACAUUAUAGAGAGACAUGGUAUAGAGAGGCGUAUAUAGAGAGAGAGACACAGUAUAGAGAGAGACACGGUAUAGAGAGAGAGACACAGUAUAGAGAGAGACACGGUAUAGAGAGAGACAUGGUAUAGAGAGGCGUAUAUAGAGAGAGAGACACAGUAUAGAGAGAGACACGGUUUAGAGAGAGAGACACAGUAUAGAGAGACAUGGUAUAGUGAGAGAUAUGGUAUAGAGAGAGACACAGUAUAGAGAGAGACACUGUAUAGAGAACGAUACGGUAUAGAGAGAGACACAGUAUAGAGAGAGACAUCUAUAUAGAGAGAUACAGUAUAAAGAGGGAGACAUAUAUAGAGAGAGACACAGUAUAGAGAGAGAUACCGUAUAGAGAGAGACACAGUAUAGAGCGAGACACGUAUAGAGAGAAACACGGUAUAGAGAGAGACAUGGUAUAGAUAGAGAUACGGUAUAGAGAGAGACACAGUAUAGAGAAAGACACUGUAUAGAGAACGAUACGGUAUAUAGAGAGACACAGUAUAGAGAGAGACACGGCAAAGAGAACGAUACGGUAUAUAGCGAGACACAGUAUAGAGAGAGACACGGUAAAGAGAAGAAUACGGUAUAGAGAGAGACAUGGUAUAGAGAGAGACAUGGUAUAGAGAGAGACAGGGUAUAGAGAGAGACAUGGUAUAGAGAGAGACAGGGUAUAGAGAGAGACAUGGUAUAGAGAGAGACAGGGUAUAGAGAGAGACAUGGUAUAGAGAGAGACAUGGUAUAGAGAGAGACAGGGUAUAGAGAGAGACAGGGUAUAGAGAGAGACAUGGUAUAGAGAGAGACAGGGUAUAGAGAGAGACAUGGUAUAGAGAGAGACAGGGUAUAGAGAGAGACAUGGUAUAGAGAGAGACAGGGUAUAGAGAGAGACAUGGUAUAGAGAGAGACAGGGUAUAGAGAGAGACAUGGUAUAGAGAGAGACAGGGUAUAGAGAGAGACACGGUAUAGAGAGAGACAGGGUAUAGAGAGAGACAUGGUAUAGAGAGAGACAGGGUAUAGAGAGAGACAUGGUAUAGAGAGAGACAUGGUAUAGAGAGAGACAGGGUAUAGAGAGAGACAGGGUAUAGAGAGAGACACGGUAUAGAGAGAGACAGGGUAUAGAGAGAGACAUGGUAUAGAGAGACACAGUAUAGAGAGAGACAUGGUAUAGAGAGAGACAUGGUAUAGAGAGAGACAGGGUAUAGAGAGAGACAGGGUAUAGAGAGAGACAGGGUAUAGAGUAAGACCCGGGGUAGAGAAAGAAGCAGAAUGGAGAGAGACGUGGGAUUAAGACCCUGAGAAAGAAAGGAGAAACUAGAACUGCAAAGAGACAGGAAGAUUCGUAGUCCCAGCCAUGAGUGACAUUGCGCUACUUUGAGAUUUUAACCCGAACAUUCUUUUAUUUCCAGUUCACGGCUGGAAGGUGAACGCAUGAUGGAGAAUGAACGCUGAACGCCAGGAUAAAUCCAAUACAGACCUGGAAACCUUCCUUAUCGGCAUAUAAUAAUACAUAUCACUAUAUAGAGUCAGACGACAUGUAAUAAAACAUAUCACUAUACAGAGUCAGACGACAUGUAAUAAAACAUAUCACUAUACAGAGUCAGACGACAUGUAAUAAAACAUAUUACUAUAUAGAGUCAGAUGACAUGUAAUAAAACAUAUUACUAUAUAGAGUCAGACGACAUGUAAUAAAACAUAUUACUAUAUAGGAUCAGACGUGUGAUAGAAUUUAUCUUGAUUCCAAGGCUCAAGCUUAUAGGUGUCAUAUUAGAUAUCCUUUAUUAAAAUUGGCUAACUUGGACUCAAGAAAUGUUUGAUGUUUAAACUGACACUUAAGACCAUAUAUGUCUAGUUCCGGGAGCAGAUAGCCCCCACCUGAGCUGUCUCUCCUAAAUCAGUCUGUUUCUUCUCUUUCUCGGAACCUGUUAUAUAUACAUGACAUUCAUCCCUAUGUUUUAUCUGUACUCCUUUUACCCUUUCACUCCCUUCCUGCUACUGUCCUAUGAGUAUUUGCAUGUAAGCACUUACUUUUUAAUGUAUAAAAACCCAGCUGACGAAUAAACAAGAGGCUUAGUUUUAUAACUAACACGCGUCUGGUGUCUAAUUCGCACUUUUCCAAGUGCACUUGUUAUAAUAAUUUGGGCUUCCUCUGAAUAUAACAAAGAUCAAUAUUUGGAUCUAUAUCAAUUUGGUGCCAAAACCCAG